GAGAAGGCUGUCGUUGCUUCGGCCGUCGCAUCCGCGAGGGAGUCGUGUUGGCUUGCCCCGGGCCCCUAAGCUCGCCGAUCGCCCCUGACGCUCGUGUGUGCGCUCCCGACCUCGCCAGCCGUUCGCUGCUCGCUAGCCGACCGUGCCUUCUGCAUCAUGUGCGGUAUAUUUGCUUACUUAAACUACCAUGUUCCUCGCACAAGACGAGAAAUCUUGGAAACCUUAAUCAAAGGCCUUCAGAGACUGGAGUACAGAGGAUAUGAUUCUGCUGGUGUGGGAGUUGAUGGAGGCAAUGACAAGGAUUGGGAAGCCAAUGCCUGCAAGAUCCAGCUCAUUAAGAAGAAAGGGAAAGUUAAGGCACUGGAUGAAGAAGUUCACAAACAACAGGAUAUGGAUUUGGAUAUCGAAUUUGAUGUACACCUUGGAAUAGCUCAUACCCGUUGGGCAACACAUGGAGAACCCAAUCCUGUCAAUAGCCAUCCCCAGCGUUCUGAUAAAAAUAAUGAAUUUAUUGUUAUUCACAAUGGAAUUAUCACCAACUACAAAGACUUGAAGAAGUUUUUGGAAAGCAAAGGCUAUGACUUUGAAUCGGAAACAGAUACAGAGACAAUUGCCAAGCUUGUUAAGUACAUGUAUGACAAUCGGGAAAGUCAAGACAUCAGUUUUACUACCUUGGUGGAGAGAGUUAUCCAACAAUUGGAAGGUGCUUUUGCACUGGUAUUUAAAAGUGUUCAUUUUCCUGGCCAAGCAGUUGGCACAAGACGAGGUAGCCCUCUUUUGAUUGGUGUACGAAGUGAACAUAAGCUCUCUACUGAUCACAUUCCAAUACUCUACAGAACAGCUAGGACUCAGAUUGGAUCAAAAUUCACACGGUGGGGAUCACAGGGAGAAAGAGGGAAGGACAAAAAGGGAAGCUGCAAUCUCUCUCGUGUGGACAGCACAACUUGCCUUUUCCCUGUGGAAGAAAAAGCAGUGGAAUAUUACUUUGCUUCUGAUGCAAGUGCUGUCAUAGAACAUACCAAUCGUGUCAUCUUCCUUGAAGACGAUGAUGUUGCAGCAGUGGUAGAUGGCCGUCUUUCUAUCCAUCGAAUUAAACGGACUGCGGGAGAUCAUCCUGGGCGAGCUGUGCAGACCCUCCAGAUGGAACUGCAGCAGAUCAUGAAGGGCAACUUCAGUUCAUUCAUGCAGAAAGAAAUUUUUGAGCAGCCCGAGUCCGUUGUGAACACGAUGCGAGGAAGAGUCAACUUUGAUGACUAUACUGUGAAUUUGGGCGGUUUGAAAGAUCACAUUAAGGAGAUCCAGAGGUGUCGGCGUUUGAUUCUUAUUGCCUGUGGGACGAGCUACCAUGCUGGUGUAGCAACACGUCAAGUUCUUGAAGAGCUGACUGAGUUGCCUGUCAUGGUGGAGCUUGCCAGUGAUUUCCUGGAUAGAAACACUCCGGUUUUUCGAGAUGAUGUUUGCUUUUUCAUUAGUCAGUCAGGUGAGACAGCAGACACCCUGAUGGGUCUUCGGUAUUGUAAGGAGAGAGGAGCUUUAACUGUGGGGAUCACAAACACCGUGGGCAGUUCCAUAUCAAGGGAGACAGACUGUGGCGUUCACAUUAAUGCUGGGCCCGAGAUUGGUGUGGCCAGCACGAAGGCUUACACCAGCCAAUUUGUAUCCCUUGUCAUGUUUGCCCUCAUGAUGUGCGAUGACAGGAUCUCCAUGCAAGAGAGACGCAAAGAGAUCAUGCUUGGACUGAAGCGACUGCCUGAUUUGAUUAAGGAGGUACUGAGCAUGGAUGAUGAAAUUCAGAAACUGGCAACAGAACUUUAUCACCAGAAGUCAGUCUUGAUAAUGGGACGUGGCUAUCAUUAUGCUACUUGUCUUGAAGGGGCACUGAAAAUCAAAGAAAUCACUUACAUGCACUCUGAAGGCAUCCUUGCUGGUGAAUUGAAACACGGCCCUCUGGCAUUGGUGGACAAAUUGAUGCCGGUUAUCAUGAUCAUCAUGAGAGAUCACACUUACGCCAAGUGUCAGAACGCUCUUCAGCAGGUGGUUGCCAGGCAGGGACGCCCAGUGGUGAUUUGUGAUAAGGAAGAUACCGAGACCAUUAAGAACACAAACAGAACAAUCAAGGUGCCCCACUCAGUGGACUGCUUGCAGGGCAUCCUCAGUGUGAUUCCCUUGCAGCUGCUGGCUUUCCACCUUGCUGUGCUGAGAGGCUAUGACGUUGAUUUCCCCCGGAAUCUUGCCAAAUCUGUAACUGUAGAAUAAGGAGCAUCUGCAACUCUGGGCGGUUGAGCAACACAAGAUACCUUUUGUAUUUAACACCUUGAUUUAAAAUACCACCCUCUGAAGCCUUUUUUAGUAAAUCCUUAUUUAUAUAUCGGUUAUAAUUAUUCCACUCAAUUUGUGAUUUUUGUGAAAUUACCUCAGAUUUUUCCAGUAAUUUGUGGGGGAGUUUAAAUAAUGGAAUUUAUAUUGGAAUUGUUAUCACAAAGAGAUUCAGCUCUCAUUUUCUUUCAAGGAUGCCGGGUGUUGAAUUUCUGGGCCCUGCACUUCAAUCUGGGAGGAUUGUGUGUUUUUAGAAUAAUUGGCCUUUGUUUUACUGUGCUUCUCUUCAUUCAGCCCAAAGAAAGUAUAGUACAUUUAAUUGGAAUAUCUAAAGACAGAGGCAAUGUAUGCAAAUGCUUAGACAUUUGAUUAAGGUUUUGUUAAGUUUACGAAUUAAGAGAAGAUGCUGUGAUUUGUUUUGAAAUUUGUGUUUUGUUUUUAAGUCACACUUGUAGAACUUAAAAACUGAAAGCUUUUCUUAGUGGGGUUUCUAUGUAAGUUGGGUUAACCUGAGUGUCUCUGACCCGUUGCUUGUUAUGUGGAGGUCGAGUCGGAGUUAAGGUAGGAAGCUAGAGUAUGGUAGUACAUUGGUUUUCUCCACUCUUAACAGCAAGUAUUUGCACAAUUUUAUAGCAGAAACUCUAAUUUUGAGCUGCUUUGGACAGUUGACAACAUGAUUUUCUGUGUGAAGUUGGGGGACCUCCAGGUGGGGUGUCCUAUUCCUAGUUUUUCCAUCUUCUAAAACUGGUUUUUAUUUCCUUGUAUCUGUAGUUUUUUGUUCCUUGUGUUUUUGUUUUUGUUUUUUUAAUGUCUUGUUCUUGGAAAUCACCACACAAAGUUGCAGUCAUGCGUCUGUGAUUAAAUCAGUACUGAUAUAUGCAGAGUUCUCUACUUUUUGUUCCGAGGAAACAUUGCUUGCAGUGAAUUUUAACUUUUUACUGCCUUGUUACAUAAAACUCAUACCAGCCUGCCAGUUGGAAGUUCUUUGUAGUUUGGAAGAUUUGCAAGUCUUUUGACUAAUCAUUUGAUUGUAAAUGUAUGUGCUGAGCUAGGUUUAGAGAAAGCUGUAUGUUUUACACUGAUGCUAGUGAAGGAUUGCGUCAAAUAUAGUAUUAUUUCCUAGGUAUACUUCUCUACUGUCUGUGUUCCACCCCUCAAAUCUAUUUAGGAAUGAAGAAGAUACAAAUAAGUAAAGUGGUAUCAAGGUGCCUUCAGCUGGUUUAUGUCAGAAACAGAAUUUAACAAUUUAGAUUAAAAUAGAGUAGAAUAUUAGUUUGACACCCACCAUGUUGUGAGUAAUCAUUUCUUUAUGGGGCUUUUUGGCCAAAUCUUGGGGGUUAUAGAGCAGUGUGUUUGUGUUUUGGUGAAGUCCUUCUCUUUUUAAAGUUUUUGCCUUUAACUUGUGAAGGUAAGAUAUUUAGCAUAGUUAUUUAAGUAAAUUCAGGCUUUUUCUUUUUUCUGUGUUUGAAUUUCUUGGUGAGGUUAAGAUUUUCUAAUAGCUGUUGCUACAAGGGGAGCACAGGAUUCUGCUUGUGUAUUAGGGUUAGAAAAAUACUUAGCAUAUUUUGAGGUACUUUGGAAGAACUGUCCUCCAUGGAGACUAGAAACCUGGUUGUUUUUAAAAAUAAAAUAAGGUUACUAUUUACAUCAUUCUAUGUAUGUUGUCACUAUAGCUAUAUUUAUCUAUUUUAAUUGUUUCUGAGAUGAUUUUGUUUAGGUCUGCUAGUUUUAGUAUGUGUAUAGUGUCAUUUCUUAUGUUAAAUUAGCAUUUUAUGUCUGAUUUGUGUGGAUUUGUAACAUUUCUUAAUGGUCUGAAGUUUAAGUCGGCAUUCUAAGUGAACAAAUAUGUGAAAUCAAUCAUUGGUUUUCAAUUUCUCUUUUUCUCUUCCUCUAUGUCUGUCUGUGUCUCUCUCUCUCUCUCCCUCUCUCUCUCUCUCACACACACACACACACACACACACACACACACACACACACACACUUCAAGCUAGGAUAAGUUCUGAACUGAAUAUCAAAAGCUGAUAUUAAAGAAAAAAGAAGUGAUAUUUUCCAAAUAAACAUGGUUUCUCUUUUUUGUCCCUUCUUGCUUCUUACUUUAUUUCACGUAGUGAUUUUUAAAUGCCUUUGUGUAUUAAUUACAAACACAAAAAAGGAUACUCUAAUGAGGCAAAUCACUAAUAAGUGUGCAUGCCUAGUUAGAACCAAUGUAAUAUUAAUAGGUAAGAGAAUCUGGUUUUUCAAGAAAGGUAUUCUACAAAAGGAGUCUUAUAUAAAAAGUUCUUUCUUGUAGUACAUUUAGAGUUUAAAUUCAUUCACAUGUAACUUAGAGUUCCUUACCUCAGCCCUGAGCCCUUUUUAGGCUGGGAUCAUGGGUAACGUCUCACACAUGGCUCAGCAAAUGAUGUUUCCUUUGCAGUGAGUUGGCUUUUCUGUCUUUUUAAAAUUCCCUGUGCCAUAGGAAUGAGUGGGAAGAGGAAAUUAAUGCUCACUGUUUUUAGUGUGCUCUAAUUGUGUCAGCCUCCUACUAUGGGCAAGUCACUGUGCCAGGACCUGGAAAGGACAUCAUGUUGAAAGCAGAGUCUGCUUGUCCCCAGGCAGACUUAUUACUGGUGAAGACCAAGAUCAUUGCGGGCACAAGGUGAAGGGAGUGGAAAAGUGGAGGUGAGCUGGGUUGUUAAAUAAUGGUCCAAGUUUAGGGAAGUAUAAUGUUCAAAAGAGGGAAGGUGCAUUUUGUAGAGUGCGCUGUUGCCACAGGCUGCGUGGACCACCACAUGUCUGUGGUGUGCCAGGGAGCGGCAAAGGCACAUGCACAAGGGAGAAAGCAAGCAUCGGUACUACUCCAUGGGGCGGACGCAGGGCUGUCUGCAGGUGUGGCUGAGGGUUAAGAGAGCUAACACAGAUUUUCUCUCUUAGUUUUGUGGCAAGUUGUUUCUAAGAUGAUGUCAUCUUAGCUUUCUGACUACAGAUCUUUUGGCCUAAGCUAAUCAUGAGGACAGGAGGAAAAGGAGCCUCCUUGCCCCCACUCCCCGUCUUUUUUAGCUUCUUGGUAAUGUUUAUUUGGCACUUACUUAUAUUGUCUUCAAAGGAGGAAGACCAGCUGAAAUGUUUGCUUUAACAAAUAUAUUUUAAGAAGUCCUUUGGAGUCAGUGUUUUAUCUGCUUAAGAACUUAGGAUAUACUACAGCAAUAAAAGGGAAAGGCUAAUGUUAACAGUAGUAUGUGAAAACUUGUGAUUUUUCUAAAAAGCACAAUGUUAUUGAAAAGUGUUUGUUGAAGAAGAAAUCAUAGCUCACACGGAAUUUGCAAAGGCCAAAGAAAUGGAAGGGAAUGGUAAAGGAAGGUAUUUUAGCCUUAUGUCCACGUAGUCAGUGGGUUUUAUCUACCAGACUACCAGAUAGUGUCGUCUUCAUGAAAACAUACUUCAGAUCGCUUUCUGUGUUCUUCAUGUUAGAAUCUCAAGUUUAGAAAAUUAACACAUCGGUUUUUUUCUCAAAAUAUUUAAGGAUUAUUAAUAUAUCAGUAUUUCCGUAGCUUGAUGAGUUUAACCAUAUCUUCAGAUCUGUGACAUGACAACCGAUAGGACUGAUAACAUUUGCUUUGAACCAAUAAUGUCCAGGGUUAAAAGAAAAUCAUAGUUAACUAGGAAGAUUGUAAAGUUAUGCUGUAUUAACUUGUAAGUCUGUAAUAGCUUGGUAUCACUGUUAAGGAAUCUACCAUAAAUAAUGGCUAAUGAGAAUGUUUUAGGAAAUUCUUGAAUUACCUUUCUACGGUACUCAGAAUGAAUACAGAAAUGAUCCUGUUAGCUUUUUAAAUGUUCUGUGGUUGACUUUCGGUUUGUUUUUUUUGGUGUCUUUUUCUCCUUUUUCUCUCUCUUUCUUUCUUCUUUCUUUUUUGCUUAAAUAAAACUUUUGGUAUUUGUUUAAAUUAUACUGAUUGUGAGCGGGAGGUUUUAGAAUAUUUGCUUUGUUUCAGUUCUGUUAUAUAAAUGUGUAGUUUACUGAGCCAUUGGAUCAUUUCUUCCUCAUGUCUAGUAAGUCCAAUAACUCUAACCUUGAACUGUGAAUAAAUUACCAAAACUUACUGAGAGUUGCAUUUUGAAGCAAUUUGCCAAUAUUUGAAGUAUAUACAUGUUUGUAGAUGUGUUAAAGAUUGUAUUGCACUAAGAAUGUAGCCAGUGUUAGUUGUUAGUAAACUUUUCUGAUGUUAGAAGUUACUUCAUUACUAUUGCUUUUUAAAAGAAGAGAUGAUUGGAUAAAUAUAAUCAAGAGUUUCAUGUCUCCAACUUGCCAGUUGUUUUUUGAAAGAAUCAUUAGAUUAAAACAAAGGAUCUACUUUUUAUGAUGUCAUAUACCUUAACAAGUCUUUUAAAAUUUUUUGUGAGAAUGUGUUGUUUCUAGCGAAUUUCUAGUGUAUACAGUGAUCAACAGCUUUGCGUAAGUAAAUUGAUAGUUGCAAAAGAAGGAUAUUUAAGAUGGGUGAGUAACAAGACAGCAUGUAUGCUAAAGUUUCUGUAGUAUCUGGCAAUCUGUUAAUUAUAGAACAAAGAUUCCUUUUACAGGAUCCUUUUAUAAACAGCAAGCGAAAAUCCCUAUCCCGAGUGCUUACAGCACUUGCUGUGUUCUGCAGGAGACAGAGUUAUGAGCCAGGGUAGUUUGAAUGAAUAGCUGUGCUGUUUUGCCUUCCCGGAGAUGGAGGCCAGUCCCUCAUCUCUGUCUCUGUGUUGCAGCAAAGCCUGGGGUUGCCACACAGCGUGGGUCAUUUUUUCCAUGGGCCACAUUUUGGCAUAAAAUCCAGCUUUACUUUUAUUAAGCAGUUAUCUUUAAAUUCUCCUCAGUUGGCUGGAAGUAUUUACUGAGUACUUACUAAAGGCCAAGAAAUAAUUUCCCUAAAAAAUUAGAGGCCUGUUUUUCAUUGGAGUGGCAUUUAAGAAAAAGAAAUUGUUAACUUUUUUUGGAUGAGGAGAAGAAGUGAGAGUUAAGCUUCUCUCAUUAAUCUGAAGGUAAAUAGGUGUCCUGCAUUUUACAAAAUGAUGUAAGAAAAGAAAUGAUGUCGGAACUUUAUUAAACAUCCUGGAGCUAUAAACUAAUCUUGUCAUUCUAUACAGAGAGGUUGCCAGGUUACAGGUCAUUUAACCAGCAGAUCCCUUCCCCAGAAGUAUGUGUGUAAUAAGAUAAAUUCAUUAUUUUCUUUUUUGGUUAGCAUGUGUACAGGGAUUAUUUGCAAGAUUGAAAGGCCACAUUUUUGAACUUCAUACUAACAUGAUUUAUUGGCUCAAAUUCCAAGGUUCACGUAUGUGUUUUCUCAUGUAUUUCUCUUAAUGCUGUCAUGUAGCCAUAUUUUCCUUUUCAUAUUUCAAGAGAUUUUUGAAAAUGAAGUAUGAAUGUACAGUUGAAAAUAUGGAAUAAAAAAUGGAGCUUGUAAACAAUUAGAGAAA